AUGAACACAUCUACGAACCAAGUCGAAUCCGAUGUCGUAGAUAAAUGUAUCAAUUUUGAAAACGACGUAAUAAUCCAUAUUGAAUCAUGUCAUCGUACAACAUUGAACAAUGAUACACAAAAUGAAGUACCAAUCAUGGCAUUCACCAAUGAUAAUAUAUGCUCUCAAGACACAAUAACAUUAAAGCAUGAUAAAAUAGAAGAUUCGAAAGACGCUAACACGACAGAACAACGGAUGGUUGAAUCCAGUGCUGCAGCUCAUGAUUUAAAUAGUUAA